GUCUGAUUAAGUGAUCAACCGCUUUUCUCACACCUAUGAGUGGCAAGUAUAUUCCCAAAUUUCAAACCUAGAGUAAAUCUCACAACAAAAUUCAAUCAAUUCGAAGAAAUUCAAGCCCUAACAUCUGUGUAUAAACCUUGAAUUACUAUCAAUCCUUCUCAAUUCAACUCUCUAAUGGAGAACAACUAUUUUGUAUCCCCCAAUCUAAUUGAACAAGUUCAGAUCUUGCUGAAGAAAGAAGCUGGUUUUGAGUCUUUCGAUUUCAACGAUCAUUCAAUUGAAUCUCCGCAACCAUCUUCGAUUCUCGAAGAAGCUAUUGUGGGAUCGAAUCCCUCUGUUGAUGCUUUGCGAUGUAAGAAUUGCAGCGGUGAGCUACUGCGAGGUUCUGAAUCAAUCAUUUGCAUUUAUUGUGGCAAUACCCAAUUGCAAGAUAUUCUUCGUCACCCAAUUUGUUUCAAUAAUACUGUCGCAUUUCAGUGGUUUCUGAAGUCGCUUGAUUUGGAUGGAUUUGAAAAAGUAGGGGUACUACUUGGUGAUCAUGAAUCUGGUAAUAGAGGUCGGAGUUCUUUCAAAGAGGAGGAAAUCUGGUUAUCGGAUUAUCUUGAUCUCCAGCUAAAGGGGCUGGAUGAUUCGAGGGAAUUAGGUGUGCGUAAUGAAGAGCGGCUUCCUGGGAAAAGAUUUUUGAGCUUGGUUGGUGUAGAUAUUGAACAAAUUUUAGCUCAAGAUUGUAUUGAUCAUGGAUUUAGUGUUGGAAGUGAACAAAUGGUAACGAGUCAAAAAAUAGGAAAUGAAAAUUGUGGAAUUUCAGGAGAUAGGAGUCUUAGUUUGUUUGAAAACACGCAGUCUACUGAGGCUGUUUCAAGGUCCGAUGAGGGUGAGAACGGUGAGUCCUUUUCUGAUUGGGGGGCUGAGUUUCAAUCUGCCUUCCCAGAAUCUGGACAUGAGAAAUCAGCUAGUAGCUCAAUUGCUGAUGCUUUUUCAGGAAGUAAUUUGACUACUUCUGGCAAAAAUCUUUGGAGUAAUUCUGAGUCUGGGCCCCCUUUCAACCCUAAUGUAUCCGAAGGAAAUUUCUUGGUUGAAGGUGGUGGAAAGGCCAUUGAGUCAGUCGAUGCUUCUUUCGAUUGGUUGCCAGCAGAUCAACGACCUAAUGUCAAAAACGAUUCUCCUAAUAUUGACGAGGGAGAUGGUGAUGAAUCUUUUGAUGACUGGGGGGAUUUUAGGAUGUCUACGAGUGAUAAUGUUAGUACAACUGUGCCUGGUAUUGGUAGUAGUGGUGGAAUGGUUACAUUUGAUCCAUUUAAUGAUUUUACUGAUUUCACUAUUUUUAAAGACAUCAAACAUCCUAAUAAUUCUCUUACAGAGCCUGAUAAAGCAACACCAAGUACUGGAGGACAGACUCAUCUUCAGAUCAAUAAUAAUAAAACAAAGCAGUAUGUUGGUACAGGUGAUCUUGCUCUUUUGGAUGGUACCCACUCAGAAUAUCAAGGUGUCAAUGUAGACAGGAACCAGAAUAAGAUAUCUGAUCAAGGUCAUUCAACUGGUUUAUGGAGUAAUGAUAUACACUUGGGUAUAAAUAAUGAACUUGGUCAGUUGCAAGGCGGAGAAAGCAAGUUACCUACAAGUGGGACUGCUAGUGAAGUUGGUAAUUCAUUUGACUCGUGGAGUGAUUUUGCUGGACUUGGUGUUGAGAACAAAGAGGAGCAAGCUGUCAGUUUCAAAGUGGUAGAUGCGAAGGGAAACGGUCAUCAAAAUGAUUCAUUGACCUUGUUGAAUGAUAAAUCGCUUGAUGCAUGGGGUUAUUUAGCAGGAUCUGGUGGUUUUCCUGACAGUAAGCCAGCUACUAAUGAUAAUAUUUCAUCUGGGGUAUGGAAUGACUUUUCUGGUAUGAUAUCUAGUCAUGCAAAUCAGCCUCAAAGUAGCAAUACAAGAACUACAGAAAAUCAAGCAGUUUUCACGGAUGAUAAUCUAUUUGGUUCAUGGAGUGAUUUCCGAAGCUCGGGAAUUCCAACUGGAAAUAGUUCUUUGGGACCAAUUGAUACCAAGAGCAGUUCAGAUCAGACUGAUUUCCAGAAAGCUUCUAACAGUCUAAAAAUGGUUGAUGACAAUAGCACAUUAAGUUCAUGGGGUGAUUUUGGGGGCGCAACAUCUGUUUUAGAGCAGCAGCUACAAGUUGCUGGAGCAGGGUCAUCUGGAAAUAAAUUGAGCAGUGAAGAUGGUGAUUUGUUUUCUAGAUUUAGUGACAGUGGUAAACAGUACACUAUUCAACCUGACAAUCGACAUCAUUGUGAUAAAUUUACAAUACAUGAUGGUGAAUCCAUUUGUGAAGAUGAAGAUUCAUUUGGUGCAUGGACUGAUUUUACAAGCUUAAGUAAUUUGCAAGGAAAUCUUCCUAGCUCAGCUAAUGCACCUGAUGACAAGGAAGCUGUUGAGCAUGGGGAUCCAUUUGAUACAUGGAAUGUUAUAGUUAGCUCCCCCAGUACACAAGUUGGUAAAGACACUGCGGUCGCAACCUUUAAAACACCAGAAUCAAACUUGCUUUCCUUGGAUACAAAUUCAAACUAUGUAGGUCCUAAUAACUCGAUGCCAUUGGACCUAAAUGCUGGACUGUUCAGUCAUCAAAAUGGUUCUGCCCCAGUUGCAUCUUCACCAAGCGAGGGUCCUGAUUUGGAUAGGACUGAACAUGGUGAUGUUAAGGCUGAUGUCAAUGGAAUGAACCCGAGUGAGAGUACCUUCAAGGAAGCAUUGGAUCUGAAGUCCCCUGUUGCAGAGACUUUGAUUUCUGAGAUGCACGAUUUAUCAUUCAUGCUUGAAAGCAGCCUCUCAAUUCCAAACACUGAUAGAUGAAACAUCAUUUGUUGGCUUCUCUUCUACUAGAUGCAGGAUUCGAGCUUUUUAUUGUCUCCGUGCAUUGUAUUACCAUUUGUAUUUACUGGCAUUGUAUGUCCACUUGUAUUUUCUAGCUUUUAUCCAUUUUCUCUAGUGAUAUUGUGAUUUUUGCACAGGUCUUGGAAGUGGUUAUGGUUAUGAAAGUUUUGAAUUUUGUUCAGAUACUUUUUAGGUAAUUAAUACUUCGUAUCAUCUUAUGCUACGAGAAAAUUGGAUUGAUA